ACGCACCGACCCACACCCGAGCAAACGGCCAACAGACACCGCACGCUCGCUCGCUCGCGCGCACACCCAAGCAGUGGAAAGAGGAGAGCGGACAGAAAAGAAAAGCCUGGAAAGCCAAAAGAAAUCCACCAAACACCUCCGGAAAGGGGAAAGGAGAGAGAGAGGCGAGGCUAGGGUUUCGUCGUCCAAUCCCGCCAUGGAUUCCGGCGACGCGUGGGGCCGCUCCUCCUCCACCUCCUCCUCCGCCGCCGCCGCCGCAGCCGCGAGGCGCCUGCAGUCCCGCUACGAUCUGUACAUGGGGUUUGACGACGCGGACGCCGGCGGGGACGAGGUGGAGGCGCGCGGGGCGGAGGCCUACAACUGCCCCUUUUGCGGCGAGGAUUUCGAUUUCGUAGGCCUCUGCUGCCACAUCGACGACGAGCACGCCGUCGAGGCCAAGAGCGGGGUAUGCCCCAUCUGUGCUACGAGGGUUGGGGUGGACUUGAUAGGCCACUUGACAAUGCAGCAUGGAAGUUACUUCAAGAUGCAACGCAGGCGCAGAGUCCGAAAAGUAUCUCCUGGGUCCCAUUCUUUGCUGUCUUUGUUGAGAAAGGAUUUAAGAGACGGCAGUUUGCAGUCCUUUCUUGGUGGAUCAUCCUAUGUAUCUAAUCCUCCCGCCGCAGCCCCUGAUCCAUUUUUGUCAUCUUUAAUUUGUAGUUUGCCUGUGGCUGAGCCAUCGAAAGAUUUUCGUUCCGACUCAUCUGACAAAACAUUUUUGCUAAAUAAAUUCCCAGAUGAAAAGAUCGUAGAGAGGAUUUUUAAAUUAUUUCUCAGUGCCAAAUACUUGUAAUGUAAGUUUGAAAUAUAGGCAAGUUGUACCUUUUGAGUUUUGAAAUGUAUGUUUUGCUAUAAUUUAAUAAUUCUCGUUAUCAAAUAUUUGAUUGAAUGUCUGGUGAAUUUACAGAGCUGAAACAUCUCUGUCCGAGAAGGAUCAGAAGGAGCGUGCUCAAAGGAGUGCAUUUGCCCGUGGGCUUGUGCUUUCCACAAUAUUUGAUGAUGAUACCAUGUAAGGGAGAUCGACUUUGAUAGUGGUUGCAUGACAUAGUCGAGGGCACUCUACACAAGAGAAUUUAUCUAGAGUGCUGCAACCUUGUUCAUGCUGCCACUGCCGCUCACAUGCCUUAACGAUCGACCGGAGGUCCAUCCAGUUAUGAAUGUAUAUGUAUUUAUGUAUGCCUUGCCGAGAGCGCAACAUGAGAAUAGUGGAGGAAGGCUUUGUGUUGCAGCUUUCCAACAUGGAAUAAAUGAGGAUACUAUCCUUGUAGUGGCAUUGUGCAUAUACAAAAGAGGGGCUCGUCAUGUAUCAGAUUCUGUUGUGUUUCAUCAAUGUAAUAAGUGUGUUGUAUACUCAUCUCAUCCUUAGUAUGUGAGAUUGCUUUGAUGUUUUAUGUAUAUAUUCGAUUGUGGUACAUUUGAGGCAAGGGAACGGAGUGGAUUUAACAUUUCUUGCUGUUUGAGACGUAAACUGAAAUGAAACAGUUUGGCCAAUUA